GCUUCUGGUUGGUUACUUCGCAUGCACUGAGUCACCAUAGUAACAACCUAAAAUAUUUUCUUCAUAGAACUCAAAAAUAAGAUUCUCCACAAAUGGGUUGUAAGAUAAACUGCUCAAAUCCUCCAAUUCUAUGCCAAUUCACCUCAAGAAAACCAAGUUAUAGAAUCAACACACUUGCUUUCUCUUCUUACAAUCCUAGCCAAGAACAACCCAUUUCCGCUACCACCACAACUACUCAAACUCAGUUGCCGAAAACUGAUGUUUAUACCAUUAACUUCAAGACUCUUGGAGCUUGCAACCUUGGCAUUUCCAGAUAUCCCGACUUUGAAUAUGACGCACAAGGUGGAACUGGAACUGGCACUGGUACAAAAAAUAUCAAAGAUGGUGAUUUCAACCAGGAAAUUUCAGUUUCUUUCGACCUGAAAACUCUUUAUAUUCCUCCACUUACAAGUGGAACAACUAAGUUCUUGGGAUUGCCUUUGCCACCAUUUCUAAAGAUUGAUAUUGUCCCUGAACUCUUUCAUGGAAGCAUCAACCAAGAAUCUGGCCAGGUUGAUCUUGAAUUCACGGCCAAAUUCUGGUUUUCUGUGGGAAGUAUUUAUAGAGCGCCUCCGUUGCUGGUGAAGACGGUGCUUACAUCAGAGGAGUCAAAGGGAAAAAUCAGAAGUGGAAGAGGGGAGAGGUUGGAUAAAGAAGGGAAGUGUAGAUUGGUUGGGGUGGCAACCGUGGAGCCUAUUGAUGAUUUCUUCAUGGAUACUUUCCUUAGCCUUCCAACUGAGUGCCUUGCCAACCUCAAUGCUCUCAUUACCCUUUCUUAAAACGUUUCAAAAUGUAAAAUCAUGCAGAUUCUACAUUUAUUUCCUCAUAAUCACAGUGAAAAUAUAUGUAGACACAAUCAGAAAAGCAUUAAACAAUGCUUCAAUUCCGUUUGUUAAAGAUUUUAAAAUCCAACCUUCUGCAGUAUAAUUCUGUGGUUAUGCUUCCGCGAU